CCAGGGAAGGCGGCGCGGAUAAAGGCUCAGGGGCUGCCCGCCUGUCCCCAGACCAGCAGGGCCACCUCUCACCACGACCUGCACGCAGGUCAUCUGGAGCAGUGGUGACCCAGGACCUGCGUCCUGCGGCUCCGGAUCUUGCGAGCCGCGGCUGCUGCUGUUGCUAAGGGAAGGGACGCGCGGGGUAGCAAGACCCGAGAGGAAUCCAGGCACCGUGCGAGCCGGGAUAGCUCGACCCCUUCUGUAGGACCCUCCCUGCGCCUUGAAGAAACCGGAUCGUAGACCCCACCCCGGGGCGCAACCCAGGGAUCCCACGCGACCCCAGAGCACCACUCGGAUUCUUGCUUGCCGGCUCGCUUGCUAACGUUGGGAACCUUCCCUAAGGGGCACACGCACUGUUCCGGUCCCUGAGCACCCGCAGAGCGGAAGAGGACCUCGUUUCGGCGGGGGAGUCCCGACGAGGAUUGGAGGCGACCCGCGGCCCCCAGGCCUCCUGCGCUCGCCGGGGAUGGAGCCGCAGCCCGGCGGCGCCCGAAGCUGCCGGCGCGGGGCCCCCGGCGGCGCCUGCGAUCUGAGUACGGCCACGGAGUCGGCCUCACCUAUGACCCUGGCGAUCCACAGUACCACGGGGACUCGCUACGACCUGUCGGUGCCCCACGACGAGACCGUGGAAGGGCUGCGCAAAAGGCUAUCCCAACGCCUCAAAGUACCCAAGGAGCGCCUGGCUCUGCUUCACAAAGACACCCGGCUCAGUUCGGGGAAGCUGCAGGAAUUCGGCGUGGGGGAUGGUAGCAAGUUGACGCUCGUGCCCACUGUGGAAGCUGGCCUCAUGUCCCAGGCCUCGAGGCCGGAACAGUCCGUUAUGCAAGCUCUGGAAAGUUUGACCGAGACCCAGCCCCCAGCGACACCCGGGCCAGGCCGGGCUGCCGGAGGAGGCUUCCGGAAAUACAGAUUGAUUUUAUUUAAGCGUCCGUGGCACCGACAGGGACCCCAGAGCCCAGAGAGGGGCGGCGAGAGGCCCCAGGUCAGUGACUUUCUGUCAGGCCGCUCACCUCUGACUCUGGCCCUUCGCGUUGGGGAUCACAUGAUGUUCGUACAGUUGCAACUGGCUGCCCAGCACGCCCCGCUCCAGCACCGCCAUGUGCUCGCAGCUGCUGCUGCAGCCGCUGCCGCCACCCGGGGAGAUUCCAGUGUAACUGCCCCAGUGUCCUCACCCUGUAGGCCGGUGUCCAGUGCCGCCAGAGUCCCCCCGGUAUCCAGCAGCCCUUCACCUGUGUCCCCCUCGCCUGUCACUGCUGGCUCCUUUCGAUCCCAUGCAGCUUCCACAACCUGUUCUGAGCAGAUGGACUGUUCCCCCACGGCUAGCAGCAAUGCCACCUCAACCCCAGGCAGUAGCCCUACCCCUCGCUCCCGCAAACCUGGUGCCGUCAUCGAGAGCUUCGUGAACCAUGCCCCUGGGGUCUUCUCAGGCACCUUCUCUGGCACACUGCAUCCCAACUGCCAAGACAGCAGUGGGCGGCCACGGCGAGACAUUGGCACCAUUCUGCAGAUACUCAAUGACCUCCUAAGUGCCACGCGGCAUUACCAGGGCAUGCCACCCUCCCUGACCCAGCUCCGCUGCCAUGCCCAGUGCUCACCUGCCUCACCAGCCCCCGACCUCACCCCAAAAACUACCUCCUGUGAGAAGCUGGGAGCCACUUCCCCCACCUCCCUGCUCCAGGGCCAGAGCCAGAUCAGAAUGUGCAAACCCCCUGGAGACCGUCUGCGGCAGACAGAGAACCGUGCCACACGCUGCAAAGUGGAACGCCUCCAGCUCCUGCUGCAGCAGAAACGCCUGCGGAGGAAGGCGCGGCGGGACGCUCGGGGUCCCUACCACUGGACCCCCAGCCGCAAGGCUGGCCGCAGUGACAGCAGCAGCAGCGGAGGCGGAGGUAGCCCCAGUGAGGCUGGAGGCUUGGGCCUCGACUUCGAGGACUCCGUCUGGAAGCCUGAAGUCAACCCGGACAUCCAGUCUGAAUUCGUAAUGGCUUAAAGGAUCCAGCCCCCUUGGGUCUGUCACAUCUCCACCCCAGACACGGGGCGGGUGGGGCACUACAGCCUGGACGCUGAGCAGCCCAGCUCUGGGGGCAGGAGAUCACCUCCAUUGCCACUCACCAGCCUUUCUGAUUCUUUUGUAACUUCCCCCGGUUGCCCUGCAUCCCUGGUCACACGCCCAUCUCUUUCUUCCCUCACCAUGGUCGGUUCUGGUGGCCUCUGCGCCAGGGCCCUUCCCUCCCACCUUCUUCAGCUCCAAAUAUGUAGCAGUCUGUUCCCAGAUGCCCAGACAGAGGAAGCCACCCACCCCCAGCCCUUCCGUUCCGCCCAGCUCUUCCCCACCCCCUUCCAUAACCCGAUUCAGGUUUUUAACUCAAAAUGUAGAUUCUCCAAGAAGCACUUUACAGAUGAGGGUUGGGGACCCCAAGAUGAGUAUCUACCACCCCCACCCCCAUCUGCAGACUUGGCCUCCACUCCAGGCCAGCUGGAUCCCUCCAUCCCUUCCCCCCAGCUCACAGGGAUACCUUUGUCCACAAAGCCUUCCUCCUGCCUCUCAGUCACGACUGCCUGGCUGGCCCCGCUAUUGCCAUGCUAGUUAGAUGGAGGAUGCUGAGGGGUUGUCGGUCAGGUGGGGACGCUCCUCUUCCCCGCAGGAAAGGACAGACAACACCACCUUCUCUAUGGACACCAACCCGGCUGUCCUCUCCCUUCCUCCCCACACCCACUUACUUCCCUAACCUUCCUUCCCAGUGGAGCUUGGGGAACUAUUUAUAGAUUUCAUUUCUGACUGAGCCAGUAAUGGUUGCUAUUCUCUAGGGAAGAAAACUGGGGUAGGUGGGGGGGCCCAGAGAGACACCCCUGUACCUCUUGUCCCCAAGCCCAGCUUAAGGGGCAACCUCACCUGCACCCAGGAAUGGGCAGUGGGGUGCUGAGCUGUGAGUGCAUCAACCCCCCCCCCCUGAGGAGGGCGAGCUGCUGGCCCAAGUUGGCCUUACUGAUCAUGGGCGACUGCCCUCCCCUCAAACUGGGGCUUUUCAACAAGGGUUAUCUUGUGGGUAUUUUCUUCCUCCACAUUUUUAAAUUUUGUGCUAAUGGGAUGUGUGCCCGCCCCCAACAUCUGUCAAUUUUGUGUAGGCUCCACCUGUCCUCAGCUCCUUUGUUCUGUCUGAACCCCACCUCUCCCACUGUGUGUUUAACCUUAAUGGUUUGGGAUGUGAACGAGUGUCGGCCAUAGCUGUAAAGAUUUUUGUGGAGGGUGGGUGGGAGGGGAUUGAUUCCAGAGGGUAGAGGCCAAGCAUUUGGUUUAUUUUUUCAAUCUUCUUUCCAAAAAGAAAAGGGAGGGGGAUACAUGGGUGCAUUUUUUUAAGCUGUCUUGGAUAUCUAUUUAAAUGUGUGUGUUUUUUUGGUUUUUUUAUGAUUUUUUUUUUUUAACUGCCUGUGAUGUGUCCCCUGAGCUGAGGGUGGAGGCCUCAGGCAGGAGCCGAGCCCACCCAUAGUUCCCUCUUUCCGCUGACGGACUUCCCCCAGAUAGCAUUAGCCACCCUCGGGGAGAAAAUCCGGCUGUGGGGAUCCACCUCACCCAAGUCUCCUUUAUUGAAAUGAAAUUUGGGGGGGUGGGGGGAACCUUACACGAGCACCUAAUUUCAAAUAAACGGAAACGAGACGUGAA